GCGCAGUUUGUUCCUUAUCCUGCGGCAGGACAAACUCCAGCAGGUUCCUCGGCUCCCGUUCAGCCUCCCUCCGCCUCCCGCCCACCGCUCCGCCGGGCUCGGCCGGGGCAGGGCUCGGCUGCCGGCACGGCCCCGCCUGCCCUCCCCGCAGCCAUGCCGGGCCGCGGCCUGCCGCUGCCGCUGCUGCUGCUCGCCGCUCUCUGCCCGCCCGCCCCGGCACGGCAGAACCCUGCCAGCAUCGCCGUGGUCGGCGGCGGCAUCGGCGGAGCGGCCACCGCUUACUUCCUCCGCCGCCGCUUCGGCCCCGCCGUGCGCCUGCAGCUGAUGGAGAAGGCGGCGCCGGGAGGACGCUUGGCCACCGAGCAGCUGCACGGACAGGCCUACGAGGCCGGCGGCUCCGUCAUCCACCCCCUCAACCUGCACAUGAAGCACUUCGUCCAGCAGCUCGGUCUCUCGGUUGCCCCAGCACAAGGCAGCCUGCUGGGCAUCUACAACGGGGAGGACUUUGUGUUUGAGGAGAGCAGCUGGUACCUGAUCAACCUCCUCAAGCUCCUCUGGCACUAUGGCCUCAACCCCCUGCGGAUGUACAUGUGGGUGGAGGACAUCCUGGACAAGUUCAUGAGGAUCUAUCGCUACCAGACGCACGACUACGCCUUCAGCAGCAACGAGAGGCUGCUGCACGCCCUUGGAGGGGACAGCUUCACCCUCCUGCUCAACCAGAGCAUCGAUGAAGCCAUGCAGAGAGCUGGCUUCUCCCACAAGUUCAUCAACGAGGUGGUUUGUCCAGCCAUGAGAGUCAACUAUGGGCAGGGUGUCAACAUCAAUGGUUUCGUGGGUGCUGUUUCGCUGGCAGGGGUGGACUCAGGCCUUUGGUCAGUGAAAGGGGGAAACAAACUGGUCUGCAGUGGUCUGCUGUCUGCCUCCAAGGCUGAAGUUAUCCAUGGGACUGUGUUGUCCAUAGAGCCCAAAGUCAGGCCUGGGCCCACAGGGGACCCGGUGAAGCUCUACCAGGUCACUUACAACACAGGCUCAGAGGUGACAGGGGACACCUACGACAUGGUCUUCAUCGCUGCUCCGCUGGGCCCCGACUUGGCCAACAUCAGCUUCAAGAACUUUGAGCCUCCCAUCCGCCAGCUGCCCAACCUGUACCACCAGACCAUCACCACGCUGGUGCACGGCCGCCUCAACACCUCCUUCUUUGGUUACCCAGAGCCAGCAACCUUUCCUUUUGGGGUCAUCUUGACCAUGGACAAUCCCAACCUCUUCUUCAACAGCGUGGGGAAGGUGUCCCCUGUGGGAGCUGCCAGCAGGGAGGCAGAGCUGCCCUCGCAGUUGGCUGUCUGGAAGGUGUUCUCCAAGGAGGUGCUGACCAAGGAGCAGCUCAACCUGCUCUUCUCCUCCUAUGACUCCCUCAAGGUGAAGCAGUGGUUGGCUUACCCUGAGUACAGGCCCCCAGAGAAAUGUCCUCCCAUCCUCCUGCACGACCACAUCUACUACGUGAGCGGCAUCGAGCGAGCUGCCAGCGCCAUGGAGAUGAGCAGCAUCGCGGCCAAGAACGCUGCCCUGCUGGGCUACCACCGCUGGCACGGCAACGGCCACCGCAUCGACCAGGAGGGGCUGCAUGAGAAGCUGAAGACAGAGCUCUGAGCUCGGCUCCAGCCUCCAGCACACAACCUUCGGAGGGAGGGAUCCACCGCUGCAGCUCCUGAGCCACCGCUGGAGGUGCUGAAGGGAGACCUCCAGGCUGAGUCCCUCAGAGGAGAUGCUCAGCUCGCUCAGGCUGGCCUGCAGCUCAAAGAGCAGUGCAGAAGCUUUCCCGAGUGUUCAACCCUUCCUCAGGGAAACUGCCCCAAGGAACCUUCCUCAGGGAAUCUCCCCCCAAGGAACCUUCCCCAGAGAAUCUCCCCCAGAGAAAUCUCCCAAGGAACCUUCCCCAGGGAAUCUCCCCCCAAGCCUCCUUCCCCAGGAAAUCUCCCACCAAGUCUUCCUCAGGAAAUUUCCCCCCAAGGAACCUUCUCCAGGGAGUCUCCCCUCAAGCCUCCUUCCCCAGGGAAUCUCCCCCAAAGCCUUCCCUAGGAAAUCUCCCCCCAGGAAAUCUCCCCCCAAGGAACCUUCCCCAGGGAAUCUCCCCCAAAGCCUUCCCCAAGGAAUGUUCCCCAAGCAGCCUUCCCCAAACAAGUUCCUGUGGUCCAACUUCAAGCUCUUCUUGACCUUUCCUCAAGCAAAAAUCUCCAGCCCUUCCUCAAGGAAUCUCUUCAGUGCAUCCCCCUUCUCCACGCUGGAUCCCGUGGCUCAGCUGCUGCCAAGCACCCAGCAGGACUGACCCAAGUUACAUCAACCAGUAGAAAAUUUAUUUAACAAAACCAAACCCAAAAUAAGUUUAAGCCCUGGGGAAGCUUUGUGGCAGAGUGGGAAGAGGAAAGGGAAGAGCUUGGAGUCAGGAUGCCUGGGAAUGAGGUGGGAUUCUCCCCUGCUAUACUCGUUCCAAUGCUUCCAACAUAAUGAUGCUGUUUCCUCUUAUCACCUAAAAAAAGGGAGAGUUGAGAGGUGGUGGUGAGAUGUGAAAUGUUUUGUGUGGUGAGAAUAAACAUAUCCACAGGUUCCUCAAA